AACAAACUGGAUUGCUGCAUCUCCUUUGAUUUGGAGACUUCAGGAUGACUCCGGAUUGGGUAACCGUGAACGCAUAUUUCUUGGUGUUUGCCCCUUGCUUACCCAGUUUCACAAAGGGGAGAGAAUGGGGGUUAACACAUAAGUCAUGCCUCGCGGCGACCCUCCCAAGAUGUGAGGUUUCCAUCUUCGUUUCCCCCAUCGAUCGCCUUUUCCUCUGACGACCAUUCAAAUUCCAUUAAUCUUUUCCAUCAAAAAGCUCUCGGUUGGGUCCGUUUCUCGUCGUCGGAAUCUUGUUUUCCUCCAGACUGCCGGCCAUGCAAAUCUCUCCUCCCCGCCACCGCCGCGGCGGUGCCCCAAACCCGAUCCGCAUACGCCGACAAUCCAACAGCCCCCUCUUCGCCGGCCGGAGCCCCGCCCCGUGGUCCCCAGCGCAACCGACCCCGCUAUCUGGACGGAGCACAAACUUUCCACCGUUCCCUGUGAGCCCCGUGUCGAUGACGACAGACUGCGAGAGGGAGAUGUCGCCUUCGGAUAUGAUGCCCCCGCCUCCAAGGCCGACUGAGUAUCUUGCGGGAUACGGAUGGGCAGGGGACAGCGGUGGUAGGCGAGAGAGCGUCGAAAGUAGAACGGGGGGUGUACCGGGAACACCUUUGAGUACCCCCGUGGAUGCCUCCUCGUCUGCGGGAUUCGCGAUGGCGAUGAGGGGACGGAGAGAGGCGAUGCGGGAGCUGAUGGGGACGGGCGAGUGUGUCACGUCGCCAAGGUCUCCGAGAUGGAGGGGUGGCGGAUGGCGAAGCCUUAGGAGAAUGCCGAAUCUCGCGAGUAGAAUCAUCGGGAGCAAUGGAACCUCUCAUGAGACGGCUGAAUUGAGUGGACUGUAUGGGAGGGUCGUUGAGAUUGUGGACGAGCGUGAGGGCUUGGAGCACGCGGUCUCUGACGGGAAUGACCUAUCCGGGAGGGUAGUCGAGAUGGAAAAUGAGAGCGAUGAGGCCGCUGAAUACAAGCCAGAGGGCCAUGCCACGGCAUUGAGCGUCUAUCGAGAGGGGGGAGGCCAUACCCAGCCGAUCUCUUGGUGGAAAUACCCCUGGGUUGUUCUGAUGCUGGUUCUCUUUAUGCUGUUUGUUCCAAGUUACAAGGAUAUCUUCUGAACGAGGACGGGGAGACGGCCAAAUGCUCACGGAUAUUUGUAAUACCUGUGAUAGAUUUCCUCGAUGUCGAUGGCAGCAUAGAAGGGAUGACAGCUUGUUGUGGG